AUGUACAGUCGUUUGAGUUGUUUAUACAAGCAGAACAAGGAGAUGUGCAAGGAAGACAUUAUGAAUUUGAAAGGUAUUUACCAACAUCACAAGAUGUACAAGUACUACUGCUGCCUGAACAUGUCUUACAAGAAGUAUCACAAACUGAGCAAGUAGUUCCAAUAAUAAAAUAAUGAUCCACACAAGUUUAACAUACAGAGUUAGAUGUGCAAGUAGCACACUAACUAGGGCAAGCUAAGCAACUUGAUCCAGAUUUAUAAAACUUUGGAAAGCAAGUUGAGCAAAGAAAUCCACUGCUUCCACUACAAACUUGGCAAUUAGUUGAACAUGCACCACAUUGAUAAACUAUAGGGGUAACAUAAAAUCCUUGCAUACACGUGUUACAUAACAAAGGAAUUGUGCAACUUAUGCAAUUCGAUGAACAAUUCAGACAUUCGCCAUCUAUUUCAACUUAUCCUUAAUCACAACUCCAAGUUACUAAAAUAGUAUAAGGUAUCUUUACAUAANGAUAUCCAGAUUUGCAAAUACAUUAUUUAUUGGAAUCCAGGACUUAGUUUAUAUCGAUGCAGUUGA